AUGUUCCAUCAGAGGGCGCCUAGUCAGAGUGGAAGAGGUGGAAUGUUCUGUCAGAGAUAUCUCUGGUUCUGUUCAUGAUGUUAUGAGACGAGUUUCCUGUGUGCUGAGCUCUCAUUCAGAAGUGGUUCGAUUCUAUUCUACUUCCUCCAUAAAGUAGCUAGGACGGGCGUUUCACAGCUAGCACAAGUGUUUGAGCGAAAGAAAGAUGGCAGUGAACUUAAGUAAAAACGGAAUUUCCCUGACAAAUGCUUACAAAGAGGUUGUAGAUGAGAAAUCCAACACCAACUGGGCCUUGUUCACCUACGAGGGGAACACUAAUGAUAUACGAUUGGCAGAGAAGGGAGAUGGUGGACUGGAGGAACUGGUGGAGGAACUUAGCAGCGGUAAAAUAAUGUACGCUUUCUGUCGUGUCGAGGACCCAAACUCUGGCCUGUGCAAAUACGUCCUGAUCAACUGGACUGGAGAAGGUGUGAAAGACGCCAGGAAAGGACUAUGUGCCAAUCAUGUCAGCUCCAUAGCUAAUUUUCUCAAGGGAGCCCAUGUCACAAUAAAUGCCCGUGCAGAGGAGGAUGUGGAACCUGAGGCUAUUAUGCAAAAGGUGGCCAAGGCCUCAGGGGCCAACUACAGCUUCCACAAAGAGUCCAACAAGUUCCGAGACGCUGGUCCCCAGGGACCUGUGGGCUCUGUGUAUCAGAAGACCAACGCCAUGUCUGAAAUCAAACGGACCAAUAAAGACAACUUCUGGGCGCAGGCAGAGAAAGAUGAGGAGAAGCGGCAGCGGGAGGAGCGCAGCAAGGCAGACGAAGAGCGCCAGAAGCUGGAGAAAGAUCGGAAGGAUCGAGAGGCCAAGGAGGCAACUCUCAGAGAGAAGAGAGACAAGGAGAGGGCCUCUAUGAUUGACCAGCAGAAGAAGUACCAGCAGCAGCAGGAAGCUGAGAGCAGAGACAAUGAAAAACAACAAUGGGAGGAGCAGGAGAAGGACUUCCAGGCAGCUCAGAAGAAAGGGAUGAAGCGUGGUGAAUCUGUGGAGAAAGCCAAUGAGGCGGCCUCCCUGAUCUCUCAGCGCUCUAUGAACCCCAGAGAGAUGUUCAAGCAGAGAGAGAAGGGCAUGGCCCCCAGCACUGCAGACACUGACACCCCUGCUGCUGCCCACACCCCUGCCAGCCCCCAGCCAGGGCGUUUGAACAGCCCUUUUCUCUCUAAGCAACCAUGCGAGCCCGAGCCGUCCCGCUUGCCCCUGCGCCAAGCCUCCCCUCUGCCAGCAGGCUCUGCCUCUCCUGUCCCUGCUGCAGAACCCAGUGUGGAUGAGCCCGUUGUGGAUGAAUCCACUCCCAGUGUGGGUGAGCCAUCCCAGUCUGAGUGCUUGGAUGAGCAGAAUGCAACCCCUGAGGAUCAGUGGCAAGAUGAAGUAAAGGCAACAGCAGCUCCCACUGAGCACAACCAUGCCACAGAGCCAGCCCAAAACAACCUCUAUGAAGAGCCCCCACAGGUGGAAGAGAACACGAAUGAGGUGGCUGCAAAGAAGACCGACCGAGGCGUCUGUGCCAGGGCUCUAUACGACUACCAAGCUGCUGAUGAGACAGAGAUUUCCUUCGAUCCUGAUGACAUCCUCAAUGGCAUCGAGAUGAUUGACGAGGGCUGGUGGCGGGGCUAUGGCCCAGACGGUCAUUUUGGAAUGUUCCCAGCCAAUUACGUGGAGCUGAUUUAAGUCCAUACCUUGCCCGCUCACUAGAUCAGCAUAUAGGAGGCAGAAGAGAAUUCCCCCUUCCCCAGAAGAAUUUGGCAGUAGGAAAACUGCUAGCUCCAGAACACAGCAUGUCAGAAGUAACUCAACAGUGAACUUUUCAGAGUCAAUUGCUGAACUGUAUCCUUCACAUUAUGGACCAAUGUAUGAACAGUGAAUGUUGGGCUCAAAUCUAUCCCAGUUUUUUUUCCGUUUUUUUUUUUUCUCCUUUAUUUAACUAGGCAAGUCAGUUAAGAACAAAUUCUUAUUUUCAAUGACGGCCUAGGAACAGUGGGUUAACUGUCAUGUUCAGGGGCAGAACGACAGAUUUGUACCUUGUCAACUCGGGGAUUCGAACUUGCAACCUUUCGGUUACUAGUCCAACACUCUAACCACUAGGCUAAGCCUACCCUGCCGUUGAAGAGAGAAAUUCCAUUAUUUCAUUUUUGUUGUGAGAACUUAGGUGGCAUUGUUUAGGUUUUGAUGAAAACCCAUAUACUGGCCAAUCCCAAACUGAAUCUCUUACCUUCUGUGAUGCAGUAAAUUGUCAGCCUUUUUUUUAAUGUUUCAAUUCAAGAUUCCAUUGUGAACAUCAUUAAUAGCACUUGUACAUCACAUAUCUUAAAAAGUGAAGCCAGUUUUGCUCCAGGUGUACUUUUUUGUUGUUUGUAUUAUUCACUCGUCAUGUUCAGGAUAAUAACAUUUCAUAGCUCACAUAACGGUACCAAAUAUCAUUUUUUUGCCUUUUCCUCAGACUGAUAUUUUAUGUGAGUUUGCUUAAAUAAUCCUGCGUGAAUUUCAAACCAUAGUUUGGUAUUGCAGUUGAAUAUUAGAAAACCAAAAUGUUCUAUAUUUGCUGUGCUCUCCUGUGUGGCUGAAUUCAAGAAAAAAUGGGAGUGAAAAUGACACAAUCAUCAUAUCCUUGUGCAAAAGUAUUAUUUUUUUAAAAAUAUGUAAUCAUUAUGCUACAGAGCUUGUCCCCAUACCCUCCCUCCCUGCCCUCUUCAGCCCCUAGAGAAUUGUAAUGACUGACUGUUUCAGGGACCAGUUACACGAAACAAGGCAUGAGUAAUCUUUCCUCUCGUUGUUGCAUCGUCUUGUCAUUAUCUGUGUCUUGGGUACAAUUUGUCUCUGCUUAACCUGUCUUUCACAGUCCAGCUUCUAUCAAAAUACAGGUCUGUGAAUGGCUUAAUUUAGCAGGCUUAAGAGAGCCAUGAUCAGAUGCUGUUAUCAUGUGAGUGCCAAAGGAGGGUAAAGGAGUGGGGUGAUGAUGCUGUCCUCUGGAAAGUGCUUUCUCUCAUUCUAAUCUGUGUGGAAACUUCAUAACUGUUAUGCAACUUCCCUGCUUUUUAACUUAUAAUGAAAUCAUUGCAAGAAAAAGUUUGUGGGACAUUGUCACUUUAAAUAAAGAUUAAGGAAUUUAAAAAUUAUUAAAAAGGGUCACUAAUUUCAAGGUGCAUGAUGUAUCCGUUGUCCUUGUUUUUCAAGAGUAUAUUGUACUGCAAAUACUUUCGUCAUAAUAAAAGGGUUCAAGUAAAAUGUG